AUGGAGAACAAAGCCCAUAGAGACGUCGUGGACUUUGAGUACAUUCAACUGGUUGUUUAUGACAUUCACUGCCGACCAUUGGGACGCCUCUGUUAUUCCACAAUAGACGGAAAGUAUUUUUAUCAUUCUCAUCUGAUGGACAUUUGUGACAAGUUCCUGAUGCCCGACAUGUCCACACUUAUCGCCUGUCCUCGUCCACUCGGAACGCCACAGACCGUUGGACGUGUGUUAUGUGACCUUGAAUUCUUCAACGGAACACGCGAUUUCUUCAUGGAACUCCUAAACGAACUCAAACAGAUGAAUGUGCAGAUAGAAACCCUACAGCCUGAGACCAACAACGAUUUUUUCGAAGUCACGCUUGAUGUGGCCGAAGGCAUAGAGCAGAUGAAUGUGCCGACUGAAACCCUGCUGCCUGAGGCUAGAUCUACGUCUGAAACAACGAGUAGGCUUCUGAGACAUGUCUAUUCAUUGACUUCACAGGCAGCUGAUGGCACGGCGCUGUUCAAAAGUCACGUGAAAACAUUCUCCAAGAGGAAAGGUUAUGUUGCUUCCUUUAUGUCAAAGGUAGAUAAAACAGCCUACUUCGGGAUUGGACUGCACUUCAACCAUUCUCUUUGGACGUUGGAUGGGGCAAAUAUGCUAGUUGACGACCCAAACGAACACCAGUGCGAACCUCAAGACAGUUCGUUUUUUUGGUCCCCUCCACACUCCACAAUUUGGCUCUCUCGGCCAGCGGACUGCGGACCUCAAGCCUCAAGUCAGUUCGUUUUCUGGGUCCACUCCACAAUUUUAUUCACUGAGAGAGCAGGCAAACGGACGAACUCCAGCAGACGAGAUACUCAACGCGAGCUGUCAGAUGUGGCACGUCACUGGAUCGCUGGACUUGUCAAACAUGGACCUGGUCUGACAGCUCUUUGUAUGCCCACGGUGAACUGUUACCGGCGUAUUGGAAAAGAACGUCUUCCAACAAGGAGCGAUUGGUCUGUGCUGGACAAGAAUGCGACUUUCGUGGUGCGGAAAACCCGAAAGAACAACAUCUACGCAGAGGACAGACUCCCCAGCUCAGCCGGAAAUCCUUAUCUGGUCAUGGCUGCCACAGUGGCCGCCGGUAUAGACGGGAUCAGGAACAAGAUACCCCUGCAAAAUAAGACAGAAGAUUUCUGUGUCCUCCCACCGGACCUAGAGACAGCCUUGACCUGCCUACAAGAGGACGCUGUGCUGGUGGAUGCCCUGGGCAAAGACCUGGUCGAACUCUUUGUGGCAACCAAAACAAUGGAGAUCCAUCACCUUAAGAGUAUGGAGCAGACCAGCGGCACAGACAGCUUUCAGAACGAGUAUCAUCUUUACUUUCAAAAUGCUUAAUGUACCGGUACUUGAGAUAAUUAUUGCCGCCUAGAAGUCUGAGCACCCAUAUUUGUGACAGUAAUGAUUAUUACAUAAUGGAAUUGUUUUGUCUUUCUGUAUAGUUGUUGAAACACCACGUGAAGACACUGUGUUCAGGUAUGAUGACUUACUAUAAUGUGUUAUUUUUCCUUUCUAUUGUUGACAGUUGCACCGUGAUUUAACUGCGUUCACCGUUUGACAGUCAACACGCAAGGCAACCUUUUCCAAUAUUAAACUCUCCUCUUUUUUCUCCAAGCAAUUCCAGGCAGCUUUAAAACCAGCACAAUGAAUGUAUGCCGUUUAUAUUGAAAGAAUAAAUUUACUUGUAUCCCUGAGCGAAA